UUAAAGUCUAUAAUAAAGGAAUUAAAUUUGAUAACUUCUUGGACUUCAGCUCCUUCUAGCAAAAGUCACAUCAUCCUACCUCGGUGGAUGGCUUGGCCUCUUGAAUAGUUCAGGACUCUUGGAUGACCACACUUUAUGCAAAAUCUGGAAUCUUCCUGCCUGGACUCCUUUCUGUUUUCUAAGGGUUCAUGUUGGGGAGAGGUCUAAAACGCAAGCUGAGUGACUAUGAGGAGAACAUGGCUGGUCUCUCGAGUGCCUUUGAUUCCAGUCGAAAUCUGCCAUAUCCGCUUAAGAGGCAGUUGGUGCUUAAUAUGUGCCUCACCAAGUUACAGACAUACAAAAUGCUGGUGGAACCGAACUUGCACCGUUCUGUCCUCAUAGCCAACACAGUACGGCAAAUUCAAGAGGAAAUGAGACAAGAGAGUAAUCAGCAGCCAAUUAAUGUCUGCCCUGGCAUUACUCCUGGUUCUCACAGCUACACAGGGAUGGAAUCAUCUGGGAUUUCUCUUCAGUUGCCUUCAGGUAUUAGUCAGCAAGAGUCUAACUGUUGCGACUUGCGGUCUGUAGAAGACCCAAUUGAAAAUAGCCUGCUGAUAGUUUCAGAUGAUGAUAUGUCAUCUGCUAUUUCAUCUAUUCUGAAGGAUUUAGACUUUGUAGAAGAUAUAAGCCCGCCUACUUGUCUGGUUCCUACUGGAGAUGACCAGCCAAAGUUUCCAGAAAAUACUGGUCUAAAACUAGAAGAUGAUAGACAGGAUUUGAAGGGAGCUGAAUGUGUGUUUGGUUCCUUUGAGAUUUCAAAUUCAACUAGUUACUUGAAGGAUUUGGCAAUAGAUGACAUUUUUGAAGAUAUUGACACUUCAAUGUAUGAUUCAGACUUUUGUUGCCCUCCACUAAUGCCGCCCAGACCACCAUCUCUUGCUACAGAAGAACCAUUGAAGACCUUUCCAUCUUGUAAUUCUUCUUCAGCAAGCAACAUUCAGAUAUGUAGAACAGAUCUGAGUGAGUUGGACCACAUCAUGGAAAUUCUCGUUGGAUCCUGAUACUUGUUUUACCCAAAGAUACUUUUUAACUGCCACUUUUAUUUGGUUUCAGGAUAAAAGCCACUGGAAAAGUUGUAAAGAAUUCUUUAAAACACAAACUAAAAAUAAUUUGUCUGUAGUGGGAUUUUCUAAAUAAUUCCAAAACUCACAAACCAAAAAAGUGGCAGAUUUUUUUUAAAAAAAGAAAUAUUUAUUUAUCAGAACUGUGCAAUCAUCUUUUUCCUUCCAGGGUGUAUGUGGAACAAUAGGCACAUACCCUUAUCACCCCUCAUGCCUCUUUCAAUAAACUUUUUUAUGUGCAAUUUUUAAUUUGUCAGAAGAAUUUACAUGCAAAACAAAUUUCAUAUGAGGUGAUCUUUUACAAAGCCUCCACUUUAUUUUUAAUAUCAGAGUCUAUGCCAAGUUGGCAUAUGUCAAGUUGCGUAGUUGGAUUGCGUGGAUUGCAGAUGCAUUACUAGAGAUGGGUAUAUUUUAAAAAUGAGACACAUUUUGCUUUCUUUUGGUCAGAAAAGCAGAUCAAGACAGUUAUCAACAAAGUCUCUUGCAUUUUCUAAAGCAUUCAGAACUAUUUAUUUUUGUAAAUUUUAUAGUCUUUCUACAUUUUACUACGUUAUUUCAUCAUAGUUCAAAUAUAAUGGACUUCUAGUUGGAUGUGUUUAGCACUACCUCUGAGCUGAAAUGCUUUAACGCUUUCCAGUGCUUCGUCUAAGACUGCAGAUCUUUUUGUUCCUAUUUUUUUCUGGGGGAAAGUACUUCUAACUCAUUAAGCUGAUCCUUUGACAGUGACCUAGCUGAUUUGUGAAAUCAAGGGUAUUCAAUGUUUAAAAACUUUUAAGUAUUUACAAAUGUAAUUUAUAUGUAGAUUGUGCAAUUUAACAUUUUUCUGUCAGUAUUACGUGCUUAGAUUUUGAAUAAUCUUGGCGUUCUUUAAAUUAAAACUUACUAUGUACAGGUAGCUUUUUAAUCUGUUUUGGAAACACUGUCCUUCAACCCUGCUUUCACUACAAAGUUUUAAGAUGAUUUUUAUGUGCAAUAUUAUUUAAAAAGAUACACAUUUGUAUACCUGGCAUUGUGGAAAGAAACGCUUCAACCUUAAAACUUCUAGCACCUUUGGAGGAUACUCAAGAGUGUCAACAUUUCUGUAUCCUUUAAGAAACAAAGUUGAGAACACUUCUUACUACACCAGUGCUUACUGCUUUGAAUACUCCUGAAAUACUCAUUGAUAUGUGGUGAGUCAGUGCUGAUGACCAAGUACCAUCGUGCAGCUCUGAGAGAGCUCAGGGGUCUGACCGCUCGGAUGCAGCGCCAGGGCUGGGGCCUGCGUGGGCUUUGGAAGCAUCGUGGUGGUUGCUGCUGCUGAUCCUGCAGAUUGUA